AUGUCUAGAGAUCUCCGCGAUAGUCACGCUCCACCCUGUGGAGACAAUCAAGACUCUUGCGUCGAUUCGCCAAUGCCGUACUUGGUGGCGGCACUGGGAGCCAUGCUGCUGCUCGUGGUCCUCACACAGACACUGCGGCUUAUUUCGUAUCUCCGGACCUCCCAGAAUCUUAGAGCCGCCGCUAGUGCCCAGCAGCAUCUCCAGCUCCGGCCAGCCGCGGGAGAUGACCACCAACAGGUCGAGAGCAAGUUGACACCAGGCCAGUGCCGUGAAAUCGUUGUCAUCAUGGCUGGUGACGAAGCUCCCACUUUCCUCGCAGAGCCAACGAGAGUGGAAACUCCUACUCGGCACCGAGGAGUUUACUUCUGUGCCUCUGCCAAAAUGCUUCCAGCACAGAGCGCGUUCUUGCGGAUGUUUUGCUGCCAUGGGCCUCUCACCAGUUACCAGGAAGAUCACAAAGGAGGCAGCUCGAGCUGGAGGAUCUUCACAUUCAAGGAACUUAUCAAUGCUACUAGCAACUUCUCGGACGAUCGAAAGCUUGGAGAAGGUGGCUUUGGCAGCGUUUUUUGGGGACAACUUAGUGAUGGUACUCAGCACAGAAAUCUUCUAAAGCUCCGCGGCUACUGCACAGACGGCCAAGAGCGCAUCAUCGUCUACGAUUACAUGCCGAACUUGAGCCUCCUGUCACACCUCCAUGGAAAGCUCGGCUCCAGCGCGUGCUUAAGCUGGCCGAAGAGGGUGAAAAUCGCGAUGGGAUCCGCGGAAGCAAUCGAGGACGUGAAAGCCAGCAACGUUCUCAUCGACGCCAACUUCGAGGCACAGAUCGCCGACUUUGGCUUCGCCAAGUUCGUCCCGGAGGGAGUGACUCACAUGACCACCCGAGUGAAAGGAACGCUGGGAUACUUGGCCCCAGAGUACGCGAUGUGGGGGAAGGUGUCCGAGAGCUGCGACGUCUACAGCUUCGGGAUCCUGCUGCUGGAGCUCAUCAGCGGGCGGAAGCCGAUCGAGAAGAUGGGGUCGGGAAUGAAGCGCACCAUCGUCGAGUGGGCCGCGCCGCUCGUGUUCCAGGGAAAGUUCGAGGACCUGGUGGAUCCCAAGCUCCAGGGGAAGUUCAGCAUGCUCCAGCUCAAGAAGCUGGUUCACGCGGCCACCUUGUGUGCGCAGAGCAAUCCGGAGAACAGACCCACGAUGCGAGAGGUGGUGGCCAUCCUGAAAGAAAAGCGUCUAGACAUGACCUCUGGGAGUUUCCGGAUGGACACUGUGAAGUAUAGGCAAGAACUCUUGGAUGAAGAAGACUAA